AUGGGGUUUUAUAUUUAACCAUAGCUUCUACUGGGAGUACAUGACUCUGUAUUAUUAUUAUGCGCAAGACAUUUGUUACUUUCAUGUGACAUCUAUGCCUAUCCGGUUAGCUCCCGGAGUAGUUUACCCCAAUUCUUUGGGGCAGGGAUUUGGUGGGAAACCCGUUCGAUACGUAAUCAAAAUAAGUACAGUAAUGAGUCCAUGUUGUGUUUAUUGUUUGUAGGUUGAACUAUGAGGAAAGGUAAGCUUUAUUGAUAUUGCUAGGAUGCUAUCAUCCUAGUGUGUUUCCUUUUAUGCUUAUGUACUCAGCAUUGCUGAUUGUUGUGUUUUGAGUUUAUGUUGGCCUUGUCUUUAUCUUGGCCCUAUGACGACCCAUUUCUUAUGAUGAGUAGUAGGGACAGUUAAAGAGAAGUUUUCAAGUGAUACGGCAUAUUCAUGUUGGGGUUUAAGUGAAGAGCGAAUCUUAUUUCAAAUUUUAAUUUGAAUAUGUAAUUAUUAUUGUUUAUUGGUUUAUUAUUAUUGAUUGAUGGUACUAACGCGCUGAUUUUAAAUACCGUUGGUUUUGAAAAGGGCUUACAAUGGUUCCAACUUGUAGGUUUGAUUUCGUUUGACUUUGACUUGACUAUAUUUUUGUUUGGUUGGACUGUUGGACUUUGACUUUGUUUUGAAAGGUUUUUGAAAAUGUAUUCCGCUGUGUAUCUUUGAUAAAUGUCUUUGCCGUUAUCACAGUGACUGUAAUGCCUUAAAUUUUCCUAUUUCGUAUUUUAAAAAGGACAAAAUAGGUAUUUUAAAGAAAAGGAAUUUAUAAGGUGUUAUAAAUGCUCCAUACACGUAGUACAUUAAUUUAAAGUACCACCAUAAACAUGUAUCUCCACAAACAUUCACGACAAUUUUUCUACCCCGAAUUAGAAUAUUUGAGAGUUGCUAAAUAUUUCACACAAUUGCACUAAUCUCCCUUUUCCACCAUAGAGGAAGCCAUUAAUCACUUCUAGGACAUGCUAAUGCUAAGAGGAAUUUUAUUAUAUUCCUUUGCUUUUAGUGAAAUCAAAGUGCUCUUACUCUUUCUCUCAACUUAUGAUAUUUCUUUAUCUUUAUGUAAAGCAAAGAAAGAUGACUCAAGAACCUUCCACAUUUAGUUGCCAUCUCAUUAAAGAAAUAAAGUACAAAAUCACCCCCACCUCUUUUUAUUUUAUUUAAUAAUUUGAUAUAAAUAACAACUAAUAAAUCAGGACAAAAUCCACCGUUUGUUCUCUCUCUACUCUUUUUGUGAUUUAGUAACAAUUUUGAAGAAGCUUUAAAAAAAUGGAGCAUGGAAAGCUAGGAAGGAAGUUUAUGUUGCCAAUAUUGGUGGUAGAUUUGCUAGUCUAUCUUAUAAUAUUAAGCCUUGCUUCUUGGUCCCUUAACAAAUAUAUCGAUGGUCACCAAAAUCACCAUUUGUUGGGAGGAAAUGCGGCUACAAACUACAUGCUAAUGUUUGCACUCUUAGCCGGAACCACCGGGAUCGCAUCGGUUAUGGCGGGUUUUGCACACUUCCGAUCAUGGUCAGUGUCAAGCAUGGCAGCAGCCACCUCAGUCGCGGUCAUCUCAUGGGCCCUUACGGGCCUAGCAUUUGGGCUGGCUUGGAAGGAGGUGAGGCUAGGUGGUUAUAGAGGGAAACGUUUGCAAACACUUGAAGUAUUCAUAAUAACUUCUACAUUGAUCCAUUUGUUGUACAUAAUUCUACUUUAUGCUGGCCAUUUUAACCAGAGAUAUGGGCUGUGUCAUGGUGGGCCUGGCCCAUAUGUCUCAACUCGUGAAGCCCAAAAGACUACCGAAAGCGAACCUCCUCCUGCUGCUUAAUUGGCUUCCUCCUUUUUUUUUUUUUUUUUUUUUUUUGGUGGCAUUUACUUCGUAAUUGUAUAUUGUUAAACUUUGACAUUGCGAAUACUUGUUGUACUAGUUUAAUGGCUUUUUCUAAUCUGAUGUAAUUUUGCAAUGUAUUGAUGUAAAAAAAAAAAAUUGUGUAAUUUCAUAGUUACUCCUUCCACAAAUUAAAAAAGUUUCGAAAAACAAGUAAAGAACCCUAGUACUUAAUUUCAUUAAGUCGUUUCAUUUCUUUAGGGUAGAUUACUACCGUGUCUGAUUUUGUUCGAAUCAGAUUUUGUCCCCAAUGUCAUUUAUCUUCAUGACUGUGUACUUUCUUCUUAUAAUAAUUUUGUAUCA